AUGGCUUGCAUUGAAAAUGUCAUUGGAGGGCAUGGUCCUUCAGCCUUACCAGUAGCUGCAGAUGAAAAUGGGAACCAGGAGCCAUGCCUAGAUGUGCCCCUCCAGUGUCCAAGUUCCAUGCCAAGGAAUGAUGUGGAGUCCUGGGGCCACCUUUGCAUCCCUGUCCCGCUGAGACCUUCCUUCAAUGUGCUGACCGAUCUGGCAAGAGAGCAACUGGAGUGUCCCUCGGAGGGAACAGGAUCCUGCAUUCCUGUCAACAAUUUGAGAGCUCUCCAACACCCCUAUGGGCCACCACCUGCUGUUGCCGAAGCGUCCUUAGCAACAGCAGAAGUAAAUAGCUCUGGGGGGUUGGCAAGCCUGAGGCAGAGAGGACAAGAUUCUGUUAAUAUGUCCCAAAUAUUCUCUGGCGGUCCUUCUGCAUUGAUGAUGGGGGGAGCAAGGGUCAGUAAUGGGAGCACUGACAUGGGUGGCAAUAAUACCAGGUUAUAUUUGGGUUUGCCACGUGGUCAAGGGUUCGUUCCAACAAGAGGCCCACAAGUAAGAGGCCCUCUACAUAUUCCCACCCUGAGAUCAGGGAUAAUGAUGGAGCUGCCUCCGGGAAAUACAAGAAUGACCUACAAGGAUAGGCUGGCUCAUGUUUCUUUCCCAAUGGGAGGGGGCCCUAGACACCCUGUGGAUAACUGGCCAAGGCCGCUCUCCUUGACUCCCAGUGCUCAAGGCUUACCUUCGUGCCCUACUGCGCAUGCUUUUGUACCUGCACAACCUCCCACUUUCAAUCCGUUUCUUCCUAUGCCUAUUGCUUUUGCUCCUCCCCCAAUAGUUGGUCCACCCCAGCCUUCUUAUUUUGCCAAUUACCCUUCCUGGGGGAUGCCAGCUCCUGCAUCCUCAAACAGGGAGAACAAGUGA